AUGGAGUCAGUUAAGAAUUCUGGAUCGACUAUCGUGACUAGUCAUUCGUUGAGAAAGUACGAAACUCGACAUAUUGCACCGAUCACAAUACAAUUAAAAGAAAUUUUUGGUCAUUAUGAGACAGGAGAAAUUAUUUUAUGCAAUGCACCAGAUUUUAGUAAUUCAGAAAUUCCCGAAGUAGAUAUUGUAAAUGGUGUAGCAGUUAUUGAAGCUCUCAAAGAAUGCAGAAGUAUCAAGAUACUAGCUUUAUCAAGCUGUGACAGCUUAGUUGAUCGAGAACGUGGUAUUCUUAAAUUGAUACGUACGUUAAUCGAUAUGGUGGAUGGAAUAGAACAUAGACUAGAUAGUAUUUGUUAUGGAUUUACAAAAUGUCCUGUGAUGGCAGAUAUUAAUGCUUUGUUAGUAGAUUUAAAAAGUUCAACAGUGGAUGCUUUCUCAGAAUCUGAUAGUGUAUUGAUGACAGUACUAUUGGACAUGAUUGAGAAAACUGUAAAUGGUGCUGCUCUAAAAAUAGAUCCUAUUGAUGGUGAUCCGAAAGAACUAAUUAAAAAAUUUAAGCAUAUUCAUGGUAUUGCGUAUCCAGGAGAAGUUUUUCGAUUUUCGAUAAGACUUCGUUCUAUUGAAGUUUGUAUAGAUGCUGAUAGUUUUUGUCAAGCUGAGAAAAUCAUGGACAAUCUUAGUUGUGCACAACGAGAAUUAGCCGAUAUUUGCACAUCGGAUUCGGUUUCUAAGAAAAGUGAAGAACUAAGAAAAAAGUUCGAUAAUAUAGUUAGUACUAUAUCAAAUCGUUAUGACUCUUUAGAUGUCGAAGAUUAUUCGUUUCAUUCACCUAAAGAUCUUUUAAAGAAAUUAGAGUUGGUUGAAUCACGUGGUGGGACAAGAUAUCAUCAAAUUCGUAUGACUGUAUUGCGAAAAAUUCGGCAAAAUUUUAGUCUGGCUAUAGAAAAACUCCUUGAUACGCCUUUGGAUGAACGUCCUGCAAAAAUGCGUUCUUUAAAUUGUGCAUUAUGUUUUUUACCAGAAGAAUUACAAACAUCAUUCAAAUUGCAACUUGAUGAAUUCAGUCAAUUAUUUACUGAUGAAGAGAAAAUGCGAAGAGUUAAUCUAAAAACUUAUUCAAAAACUGGCACUACAACAUAUCCCUCAUCGUAA